AAGAAUCUUAAUAAAAAACUAUAAAUAUAUAAUUUAGAUAUCAGAGAAUAUGUAAAUGAUAAAAUAGGUAUAUUUUGUCAAUUUUAUUAUUGUUUAUUUUUGUUGUAAAAACCUAUUCAUUGAAAAAGUGUGGUUGGUUUGUGUUAAGUGCGCAUGCGUUUGGCUAAGGACUGGGGGUGGCUGGCAUGGAUGUGGAGCUGAGACUGUUGGACAUGGCGACGGCGGCGGACGGCGGCCAAGCAAUAUUGAAGGGGUCAAAAAUAUGGGUCGUUGUCGAAGAGGCCUUAGUUGAUGUCAUCGUUGUAUCAUUCACUUAUGGAGAUAAAACAUUUCAAGGAGCGUUACUGGAUAUAACAAAGAAGAAUUGUUCUUUCGGAGUUGUACCCAGAACAGAAGAUCCCUUUGGCCAGUCUGCUUUAUUAGAUGUCUCUGCAGAAAGAGAACUUGAAGAAAAUAGGUAUCCUACUCUUAGUCAAAGGUAUACUUAUUUUCAACCACGUUUGGGUGAACCAGCACCUAAUCAGAAACGAACUAUGCCACGUCAAAGGGACCAGAAUGUACGAAUGAGACGCCUUAGGCCACGUCAAGUGCUAUGUUCUCAUUGUCAAACUCUAUGCAACGAAUCAGUCAGUGUACAAUCGGGUAGCAUAAGUAGUAGUACAAACAAACCUAAAUAUAUGAGUACUAGAAACAGAGUGAAUCACUCUGAUAGGAAUGUAGUGAACAAUAAUAAUAAUAAUAAUAAUAAUAAUAACAACAAUAACAACAACAACAACAACAAUAAUAAUAAUGUAGAAAUUAAACAAGAAAUUAAUAAUAGUGACGUUCGACCUGGAAAUGCACCUAGUCUUAAUGAAGCUUCAGAACCCAAAGUUGCAGAAGAAGCCACAGAUGAUCAUACUAAACAGUGUGAUCCUGUGGAAGCGUGUCAUGCAGGAAAUGGAGAAUAUCAAGCUGUGUCCUCUAGUGAAUUAACUAGCAGGAUGGUGUUGAGAAAAAGGAAACUACCUAACCAUGUGGGUGAUUAUGUAGAAUUGACUAAACAACGUAAGACGGAAGUUUUAACAGAUAACAAUACUUCUAAUGAUACUCUGAAGUCACAAAUGACUUGUCCAGUCAUAAAAAUAUCUUAUGCCAACCCACAAGGUAAAGACACUGUGUUAAAAAUCCCAGCCCGUUUGCCUACGGGGAACGAAGAACAGUUUGUUUGGUGCGAUCAAGUAGACAACAAAGCAGCUAAAAAAGCACUAAAGAAAGCAAAAAAAGAAGCGCAUAGAAAAUCAUGGUGUGAAUUAAUAGACAACGGAGACAAUUUAGAAAAGAAUAAACACCAUCACCAUCAUCACAAACACAAAUUAAAAAGGAAAAGAAAGCGUAAAGAAUUUUUAGAUAAAGAUGAUAAUUACGAUUCCGAAAAUGUAUACAGUGAAAAAUUAAGAACGGAAUUAGGAUUGUUAGAAGGUCAACCCGGUUGGAGUCUUUGUUCCACAGACAAUAGUGAAGAUUUAAAAGAAAAAGAUUUUUUAGACGAUGUUAAAAAUAAAUGUUUGAAACAAAAGUUAUCAAUAAGUCUACGUAGACUUAGUGCUAAAGCUUAUAAAAGGUGUAGUCCCAAAUAUGGUAAUAAGGAUUCUAAUGGUAGUACUUCGAGUGGAAGCGAUAGCGAAUGUGACGUGCCAGAUUUUCCAAAACACGAACCACUACGCGAUAUGGAUAAAGUCAAACCUCUUAUGAUGAGGCUAAGUACGCACAAUGUAAAAAAGUGCCUGUUGGAUAACGAACGAGAAAUGGCCGUGGGCGAUGUCGUAUGGGGUAAAAUUCAAGGUUUACCCUGGUGGCCCGGUAAAAUUCUAGCCCUUUCCGUAUCCCAAAGAGAUAAUGGAGCAACUCUUAACCACCAGGCACAUGUAGCAUGGUUUGGGUCUUCUACAUCAUCUUAUAUGUCAUGUAAUCAAUUGACGCCAUUCCUAGACGAUUUUAAAUUACGUUACAAUAAAAGAAAGAGAGGACCCUACAAAGAAGCCAUUAGACAAGCGACGAUCGAAGCACAAAGUGACUUGCUCGACGACAUUAUAUGUGACGAAGGAAUUUCGUAGAAAAUUUUUCAAAUACAGUAUAUAUUUGUACAGUGUUUUAUAUUCUAUUUUAACGUAGCUAUGCGCACCUGUAUAUACUGGGCGCAAUAACCAGGAAGUGGAGGUUAUCCAGUAUUUUCUUACCAUUAUAAGUUCGGUGACUCAGCAAAAUUCCUUUCUUCAAAAAUGGUUGCGAAUGUUCAAACAGGUGUUUUUCAUUAUUCUCUCUGUGCACGGAUAACUUGAGAAAAGCCAAAUAAAAUAAGAAUUGUACAGUUUAA